AUGGCUUUAUCCUACCGGGAUCCGCUCUCUGACACAGUGGGAAAACGCAUGAUAGUCUCAGCCCAGGAUCCAGAAUCUGUUAUUAGCCAGACCUGCGGGCAAAACUUCAGCAGCCAGUAUGGUCCAGACUACAUAAAAGAUCACUUGCCAAGAGUUCAUCAGCAUUCCACCUACAUAGGAGAAAAACGCCCAGCGUUAGAGAAGACUGGAGACCUCAGCUAUUUAUGCAGGCCUGCCCCAAACAGAAGCCUGCCGGCGAGAUACAAACAUGAGUACGCUGGUGGGAUUGGUUGGGGGAUACCAGAGUUCAGCUGCAUCAACAGAUCAAACCUGGAGAGCGGCCUUCAGUUGAAGCAUGGUGAAUUAAGUCUUUAUGCGGUUGACAAACUGACCCACCGUUAUCAAAACCCAUGGCAACCGAAGCCUUCUGUCCUGGACCAGCAAGGACAACACAGUCGUGGUUUUCUUGCCUGGACCAUAAGUGAUUUCGAACACAUCUCUCAGAGGCACUGCAGAACGGCCAUUCUUGUGAAGCAGAGUAAGCAGAGGGCCACCCUGUCCUCCAAGCUGCCCCGGCUGCCCAGGAAGGAGGAGAAGGUACGCGCGCUCGCAGCCUACGUCAUCCCUGGAAAAGCAACUCUGUAGACAAGAGAGCACCAUUUGCUUCCAACAGUUUCGUAGUUCCCUCCUACUGAU